GAAAGUCACAUGAUUAUUAGUUUUAUCGCGCUUGUGACAGUGUGCAAUACUUCUCGUGAUGCGAACAAACACAUUUUAUAAUGUAGAACGCAUAGUACUCUUUACAGUUCCGAUUCCUGAAAGUUAGCAUCUGUUGUGUAUUUCACAAAGCUUUGAAAAGGGGUUACGAUGUGUCUUCAGGCUGUCAUCUGUGUGUUAUGGACAGUAUAUGUGUGUCAGACUUCAGGAAGUCCAAACAUCAUCAUCAUGCUUAUGGAUGAUAUGGGAUGGGGGGAUUUGGGAGUAUUUGGGGAGCCCUCCAAGGAAACUCCAUACUUGGAUCUGAUGGCUGCUCAGGGAAUGCUGUUCCCAAACUUCUACACCGCCAACCCUCUGUGUUCCCCAUCAAGAGCUGCUCUGCUAACGGGAAGACUUCCAGUGCGAAAUGGGUUCUACACCACCAAUGCUCAUGCUAGGAACGCAUACACACCACAGGAGAUAGUAGGAGGAAUAUCUGCAGAUGAGAUUCUGCUUCCAGAACUCCUUAAGAACAAACACUACGUCAGCAAGAUUGUUGGAAAGUGGCACCUUGGGCACAGAACUCAAUACCUACCUCUGAAACAUGGCUUUGAUGAAUGGUUUGGUGCACCCAACUGCCAUUUUGGCCCCUACAACGACAGCUCCCGUCCCAAUAUACCUGUCUACAACAACUCUGAAAUGAAGGGAAGGUAUUACGAGGAGUUUGAGAUUAAUGUGAAAACGGGUGAAUCCAACCUCACCCAACUCUAUUUGAAGGAAGGCUUGGACUUUAUCUCUCAGCAAGCCAUGGCCCAGAGGCCCUUCUUUCUCUACUGGGCUCCAGAUGCAACCCAUGCACCUGUCUACGCCUCAAAACCCUUCUUGGGAAAGAGUCAGAGGGGACGUUAUGGUGAUGCAGUAAUGGAGCUGGAUGACAGCAUUGGUCAGAUUUUGGCUCAUCUGGUCAGUCUGGGCAUCCAAAACGACACUCUGGUGUUCUUCACCUCGGAUAAUGGAGCAGCACUGAUGUCUGGACCACUGCAAAGUGGCAGUAAUGCCCCAUUCCUCUGUGGGAAGGAGACUACGUUUGAAGGUGGGAUGAGGGAACCAGCCAUGGCCUGGUGGCCUGGACAGAUUCCUGCUGGCACGGUGAGUCAUCAGUUGGCCAGUGUGAUGGAUCUUUUCAGCACCAGUCUUUCUGUGGCUGGUGUUUCUCCUCCUGAUGACCGUGUCAUUGAUGGUGUUGAUUUAAGUCCUGUCCUCUUCAACGGCUCACUGAUAGACAGACCCAUCUUCUAUUACCGUGGCAACCAGAUGAUGGCAGUACGGAUCGGUCAAUACAAGGCACACUAUUGGACAUGGAGCAACUCAAUGGAGGAAUUCAACAAGGGUAUAAACUUCUGCCCUGGUCAGGAGGUUCCUGGUGUCACCACACACACUCAACAGGAGCACACCAUGCAGCCACUCAUCUUCCACCUGGGACGAGACCCUGGAGAGAGAUACCCACUCGUUUAUUAAUAUUUAGAUAUAAAACAUGUGUAUGUAUGUGAAUGAGUGUGUGUGGAUGUGUGUGUGUGUGUGUGAGUGUGUGUGUGGAUGUUUCCGCUGCCUAA